CCAGGGAAGGGCCUCCAGGGCUCGGGAGCCAGAUCAGGUGUGGGCCUCCGGUAGGGGCCGCUGCAGCCCCGAGCAGGUGGUUCGAGCCGCUCCGCCCCCAGGCUCGUUGUCCAGCCCCCGCGCCGGGGAUCCGCCGCGGUCCCCGCCUCCUACAGGUGCGUGGGCGCCGGGGCCGGGCCUUGCUCUCCGCCGCCUCCAUGGACUCCGAGGGUCGCGGUCGAGCACAGCGGGGCCGGUCCAUCUCAAUUGUUAGUGCAACACAGAAAACCUGAUGCCACCUCUCUGGAUCAUCCGGAACCGAUUGUUUUCCCAGCUGUAUUGUGGACUGAAGUCUCCAAUCUCCACACAAACCAAGAUUUGCCUAACAAUGGCUCGUCCAAGUUCAAAUAUGGCUGACUUCCGGAAGUGUUUUGCAAAAGCCAAGCACAUAGUCGUCAUUUCCGGGGCUGGCAUCAGUGCUGAGAGUGGGGUUCCAACGUUCAGAGGAGCAGGAGGUUACUGGAGAAAAUGGAAAGCCCAGGACCUGGCCACCCCGCAGGCCUUCGCCCGGAACCCGUCCCAGGUGUGGGAGUUCUACCACUACCGGCGGGAGGUGGUGCAGAGCAAGGAGCCCAACGCCGGGCACCUGGCCAUCGCUGAGUGCCAGGCCCGGCUGCACAGGCAGGGCCGACAGGUGGUGGUCAUCACCCAGAACAUCGACGAGCUGCACCGCAAGGCUGGCACCAAGAACCUUCUGGAAAUCCAUGGUAGCUUAUUUAAAACUCGAUGUACCUCUUGUGGAGUUGUGGCUGAGAACUAUAAGAGUCCAAUUUGUCCAGCCUUAUCAGGAAAAGGGGCUCCAGACCCCCAAACUCAAGAUGCCGGAAUCCCAGUGGAGAAACUGCCCCGGUGUGAAGAGGCAGGAUGUGGGGGCCUGCUUCGACCUCACGUGGUGUGGUUUGGAGAAAACCUGGACCCUGCCAUCCUGGAGGAGGUGGACAAAGAGCUGGCCCUCUGUGACCUGUGUCUAGUGGUGGGGACUUCCUCCGUGGUCUAUCCCGCGGCCAUGUUUGCCCCCCAAGUGUCAGCCCGCGGCAUGCCGGUGGCCGAAUUCAACAUGGAAACCACCCCGGCCACCGAAAGAUUCAGGUUUCAUUUCCAGGGGCCGUGUGGGACGACUCUUCCCGAAGCCCUCGCUCCUCAUGAAACUGAAACUGUUUCAUAGCCAUCCUGGGGAAGAAGAAAUCUCAGCGCAUCUAAGUACCAAGCCACCAGCAGGGGAGGCAGUCUUGUGGAUGGUGAGCCAAAUACUGGAAAGUCUGAAAAUAUCUUUUGAUUGCUGGGCUGGAAUCCAAACUGCUGAUGGUUGAUGGGGACUUGGAAGCAACAGUAGUAACCGUGUUUAGAAGGAGAAGUCACAGGACUUCUGAAGUCAGUUCCUGUUAUUUUGUUUGAUCCU